GUUGCAUACCUGGUUAACACAAGGUCGAUGUAUGCCCGGCUUAAGGGAGGCUUGUAUAUACUCAAACGCUGUGACCACCUAACCACCCACAUUAAAGGAUCACAGCCUAGAUCCUUGGCUACUUGGAGAAAAGUGCAUUGCACAGCACGGUAUAUUUCAAAAAUGACCUCCAAUACUGAUGCUUCUCAGACCGGAGGUGUCGCCCCAAAGGCUGGAGUGUUGGAAAAAGUCGACACGUUAGAAUAUUGGUUGGAGAGAUGGGAACAGCGAGAUAUAGGAUUCCACAUGGAGAACGUCAAUAAGUCACUGGAAAAGCAUAUCGACAGAUUGUUGAAGGGACGUCAAAAUCUGCGACUUUUCAUUCCGUUAUGUGGGAAGACGGUAGAUAUUAAAUGGCUUGCCGACCAAGGCCAUACCGUUGUUGGAGUUGAAAUUUCCGAACAAGCCAUUAACGAGUUCUUCUCAGAACACAACCUUGAGUUCACAAAAAAGGCCGUUCAAGGAUUUGAUGGACCCCUCUAUAAGAGUAGUGAUGAGAAAAUAAGAUUGUAUUGUGGGGACCUUUUCCAUUUUAACAGAGACCUUGAAGGACAAUUUGAUGGUAUUUGGGACAGAGCUUCUCUUGUAGCUAUCAACAGGGAUGACCGAAAAAAAUAUAGUGAGUUGAUACUGUCGCUGAUGAACCCAGACUGCGUUUACUUGCUGCAUACUGUGACUUACGACCAUUCCAAAUACGAAGGCCCCCCUCGCUCCACAACUCUUGACGAGGUACAACAACUGUAUGGUAAGUGA